UGAUCAGUAUUCACAGAACGCUUCACAGCAAGCAUAGUGAGCAGGAUUUUACAGUGAAACAUGUGGCUCCUAGUGUUUUUGUUUGUUUUAUUACCAUUUCUGUACAUAUAUUUCAUCAAAUAUAAAUAUUGGGAGAACAGAGGGGUACCUGGGCCCAAACCUUUGCCCCUCAUUGGAAAUAUGGGCGUGAGUCUCAUCGGAAAGAAAAAUUUGUCAGAAAUUUACGCAGAUAUUUAUCAUAAAUAUGAAGAUUGUCCUUUCGUGGGAAUUUAUAGAAUGUCACAACCGUGCCUACUGAUCAGAGACCCAGAAAUAAUAAAAAACGUUUUGAUCAAGGACUUCAACCACUUCACAGACAACGAUAUCGUCGUUUAUGAAGAUCUCGAUCCUCUUUUAAGUCAUAAUACGUUUAUUCUAAAAGGAGAACCAUGGAAGAGAGCUAGGCAAUUUAUGACACCAAACUUUGCAAGUGGGAAGAUAAAAAGUUUAUUCCCCCUCGCCGAAAACGUAAGCAAAAAUCUCGUCAAGUAUUUGGAAAAGCAAGGGCAUACUGCUAUAGACGCUAAAGACGCUUUCACAAAAUAUAGCUGCGAUUUAGUUGCCGUUUGUGCUUUCGGUAUAGAGGGAAAUAGCUUUGUAGAUCCCAAUGCAGAGUUUCUAACUUUGGCCCGCAAAUUUGUCACACCGGGCACUUCCCUGCAAGGAAUUAAACUAACUCUAGCAUUGCUCAUGCCACAACUCAUAAAAGCGAAACUCGCGCCUAAGAGUUUCGACGAAGGAAUGAUAGAAUUAACCAAUAACACUCUUAAAUAUAGAACAGAUAAUAACAUUGAAAGAAACGAUUUCUUCGGGGCUAUGGCUAGGACUCCUUCUAUUUUGCCAAUUGAGAUAGCAGCACAUAUGGCUAAUCUUCUGAUAGACGGAUUUGAAUCUAGCUCGACGGUACUGACAUUCGUCCUUUAUGAACUGGCUGUAAAUCCAGAAUGCCAAACUAAGUUACGAAAUGAAGUACACAGUGUGUUAAAGAAGAAUGAAGAAAAUUUUACAUAUGAAGCAAUGCAGGACAUGGUUUAUCUGGACGCAUGUGUAAGGGAGGCCUUAAGGGUGCACCCAGGACUAGCUCAGUUAAGCAGAGUAUGCACUGAACAGUAUACAAUGACAUCGUCUGGCAAUGACUUCAGGAAUAUAAGCGUCACCGUAGAGAAGGGGACGGUCAUAAUCAUUCCCCUCCUCGGUUUGCAAAGAGACCCGAAAUAUUUUCCAUCGCCUGACAAGUUCAUUCCAGAGAGAUUUUUGGACAAGACUGAAGCUAACAAGAACGUCUACAUGCCUUUCGGUAGCGGCCCCAGAAUGUGCAUAGGUAGUCGAUUUGGAUUGUUGCAAGUCAAAAUCGGAAUAGCCCAGAUGAUAAGGAAUUUUGUAAUAACCCUGAACGAAAAGACAAUAUAUCCUAUGAAGUAUGAUCCGAUAUACUUCACACUGUACCCCAAAGGCGGAGUAUGGUUCAACUGCAAGAAAAUUAAAAUAAUACAAGUGUCAAACAUCAUUUUUGAAGAAGAUAACGAUACAGCAUCCUUAACAUUUAUCAUCAAUAUUCACGUAUCACAUAGUACCAAAUAUAGUGGACAGAAUAUUUUAGCAAACAUGUGCCUCUGGAUUUUUGUGUUUAUUUUAUUGCCCUUAGUGUACAUACUUUUUAACAAAUAUAAAUAUUGGAAGAGCAGGGGAGUUCCUGGGCCCAUGCCGCUUCCCUUCGUUGGUAAUAUUGGUGUCAGCAUCAUGGGCAGAAAAAAUAUAUUGGAAGUUUAUGCAGAUAUUUAUCAUAAGUACGAGGAUUGUCCUUUUGUGGGAGUUUAUAGGAUGUUACAACCAUGUCUACUGAUUAGAGACCCGGAGAUAAUAAAAAACGUUUUGAUCAAGGACUUCAGCCACUUUACAGAUAACGAGAUCAUCGUUUAUAAAGAUAUGGAUCCUCUUAUAAGUUCACACAUAUUCAUUCUGAAAGGAGAAGAAUGGAAGAGAGCGAGACAGUUCAUAUCUCCACAUUUUGCAAGUGGAAAGAUUAAAACCAUGUUUCCUCUCGCCGAAAACGUAAGCAAAAAUUUCGUCAAGUAUUUGGAGAAGCAAGGAGAAACUCCCAUAGAUGCUAAAGAUGCCUUUACAAAAUAUAGCUGCGAUUUAGUGGCAGUUUGUGGAUUUGGAAUAGAAGGAAAAAGUUUUGACGAUUCAGAGGCAGAGUUUAUAACCUUGGCUCGCAAAUUUACCACGCCAGGCAUUUCCUUGCAAGGAAUCAAGUUAAUUCUUGCAUUUUUUAUGCCGAAACUUAUAAAAGCAAAACUAGUACCUAAGAGCUUUGACGAGGGAAUACUGGCAUUAACUGACAGUACACUUAAAUACAGAACUGAAAAUAAAAUUGAAAGAAACGAUUUCUUCGGGUCUGUAGCCAAAACCCCUUCUAUUUUGCCAAAUAAAAUAGCGGCACAUAUGGCUAAUCUUAUCGUAGACGGAUUUGAAUCUAGUUCGACGGUCCUGACGUUUGUCCUUUAUGAACUGGCUGUAAAUCCAGACUGCCAAACCAAGUUACGGAAUGAAAUUAACAAUGUGUUUGAAAAGUACGACGAAAAUUUUACAUAUGAUGCCAUGCAGGACAUGGUUUAUCUCGACGCAUGUAUAAAGGAAGCCUUAAGGUUAUAUCCGGGACAGCUGACCAAAGUGUGCAAUGAACGAUACACGAUGACAUCGUCCAGCAAAGACUUAAAACAUAUGAGAGUUACAGUGGAGGAAGGGACGACGAUUAUAAUUUCUCUCUUCGGUAUGCACAGGGAUCCGAAAUAUUUUCCAUCUCCAGAUAAGUUUAUUCCAGAGAGAUUUUUGGAUAGAACUGAAAUUAACAAAGAUGUAUACAUGCCUUUUGGUAACGGACCUAGGAUGUGUAUGGGAAAUCGAUUUGGAUUGUUACAAGUGAAGACUGGAUUAACUCAGAUGAUAAGGAAUUUUGAAGUAACUCUAAAUGAAAAAACAGUUUAUCCCAUGAAGUAUGAUCCCUUGUAUUUUACAUUGUAUCCCAAAGGAGGUGUUUGGCUCAAUUGCAAGAAAAUUAGAGUUAGUGGAUAACAGCAGCUGUACUGGAUAACUUCAGAAUUAUCUUCACAUAGCACGCACUACUUAAAAAUUGUUUGCUAUUUUUAAUAAACUUUUAAAUAUUGUC